CAGUGCACAUUCAGAGUACGAAGUGUAAGCUAGGAGAGACAGACUUGGGGAUUUAAAGGAUGCACACCAGAUAAGGUUCUAGGGAUUUUUCCAGCUGCUGUGCUUUUUUAGCAGAGAACAUUCUCCUCAGUUUGCAUCUGAGGUACAGAUUUGGACGGGUAAAUACCUUCCAACACUCCACGUAAACUGUUUACGGCCGCUUUUCCCUUUGGACGGAGCUCUUGAGACUGACUAGCUAGUGAACGUGAGGAAAGCUUACUCUGUUCCAGUUCCUUUCCACCGGACUGCCUCCAGCCCUAUAGGCAUGCUCAGCAGCAGCUCCGUUCUGUCUCAGCCACAAGAACGGAGCACAGGGGACUGCGAGACGCCAGCGUAAAGGCUAAAGCAUCUGUACGAGGCAGUGAUGGCUUCUGCUGAACAGUUUUACUCCGGCUCAAAGUGCUGUGCCUAGAACACAGACACUCGCAAUAAUACAUCAUGUACAGCGUGGAGGAUCUCCUGAUUUCUCACGGAUACAAACUGCCCAAAAAUGCUCCUUCAGCCAACAAGAAUCAAUACGCCGAUUGCCACCAUGAAAUCACAGAGAACAGGUCUGGUCACGCAACAGUGAACGGGUAUGAAACAGACAGCGGGGCCUACGUUUACAGCAGGCAGGCUCCAGCAAAGGGCUACUUCAGUGAGAAUGAAUGCAGGGAGAGCAGCCAGAGGAGGAAAGCUGGCAGCGGUAACCAAGGUGACACACAGCCCUCGGGUGAUUUUCACACUACAGAUGCAGGGUUCAAUGAUGGAUCUUCCGGAAUGUAUUCCUCACGACAAAGGAGCGAGAGAGAUGUGGCCCACUGGAGAAGAAGAGGGCAAGAUUUUAGUGUUUUACUCAAUUAUGCCGACAGUGGAGAGCCGAGAGGAAAUAACUCUUCAAAACCAGAAGAGGUGAGACAAGAGGUGUUUGCAAAGGAUCCGAAAAGUGAAAGAGAAAAUGCGCACCUGAAAGAGCAAGAUGUGGUGCAAGGGAAACGGACUAUCACUGGCAACAGGAAGUGGCAAAGCCUGGGCACAGAGGAGUGGAAGCCGGCUGUGGGGUUAGGAAGGCAGCUGUCGGACGGAGACGGCGACAGGUGGGCACAAGAGCAGCACUGCCACAGACCUGAGGGUGGCACCGUUCAUCCAAAAACAAAAGGAAAAUCUCAGUCGCUACCUAGAGUAUUGUCACCAGGCAGCCUGCAGUUUGUAGACAUGUCUGCAGCUACUCAGGAGACGUGCAGCAGCCAGAGACUCAACAGCAAAUAUCUUGACAGGCCAGCUAACAAAGAACAAUGGACUGAAAACAGCAGGCCAGGGGCUCCCGUUGCACUUUUACCAAAGCCCAGGUUUAGCAGGCCGCUUAAGCCCCCAUCGUAUGAGGCCCACCAGCAGACGAGAGGGAGCUCGGAAAUGAUUGCUGGAGGCCCAGACCUCAAGGCAAAAGAUGGAGCCGGGUCUAAUUUUUCAAAGAGUGAGGAAGCAAGGGUUGAGCCUUUCUCACAGGAGACUGCUGGCUCUAACAUGGAGCCUCCAGUUUACGUACCUCCUCCAUCUUACAAAACGCCUUUUCAAAAAAAAGGUAACCAAAAGACCUUUCAUGAAGUGCCUAAUCAGAAGUACCGGAGUGAGGUUCAGCAGGUGCCAGAAAGCAGGGACACAGGGAAAUGGUUGUCAAGGCAGGUUGACAGCUCGUGGGUUGAACACCAGAAGGAUAAAAGUAUAUUAAGCAAGAAACAUAUGUAUCCUGGAUUUAUAGAUGACCAUCUGGGAUGUAUUCAGUACAUACCCUUUGAUGAUCCGCGUUUAAAACACAUGCUAGGGGGUCCAUGUGGAAACCCCUUGACUGACUCUGACAAAAUCAAGAAUAGCAAGAAAGAGAUGCCCACUGAUAAAGUUUUCGAACAGUCCACACAAGAUAGUGCCUUUUUAAUCCCACCGGGAUUAAUUUACGAUGUGGCGAGCAAAGCAUCCAAUACUGAACAUGCUAACAGCAAUAGAUGGUUUAGUGCUUCACAAAAACAGAAUGAUAAUCUUGUAGCAUCUAACCAAAACUGUGCCCUGUACCACAAAGAUCAAUCUAACCCUUAUCAGGCCAGAAUGUCUAGGCAAUACCCACAACCAGGUCAAGGCUUUGCCGAAACUGUAACCCAAGUAAAAAAGUUUGAACCAGGUGCAGGAACGGAGAGAAAAAGAAAUUCCAAAAGAACAUUGAAUGAGACCAUAUUCUGCCUGGUGUCUGUGCCGGUUCACUUGCAACCAAAUGGUCAGAGCUCGGAUCAGAAUAAUAACACAAUGACUCUGGGCACUGUGGAAAAUGCUGCUGGCAAAAACACAGGAAGCUUAGAAAACCAAACUCUCCACAGCACGUCCUCAACGGACUUGGAGUUGCAAGCACUUACUGGACGCAUGAUGAACCACAAAGCUGGGAGGAAGCCACAGCAGAGGACCGACACUGAUUACAAAGAGAUGGAUGGCCUCAAGUCCAGCCAACUCCAGAAACACAAAGAACUUAGAUACUCUGGGUCUUGGCCUGGAGAUCAAUACAGAGACCAGGAGACACAAACAAGCUACAUUGAACCUCUACAAGGUGCUAGUCAGGGUGCGCCAAGCAAUCAAGCACACAAUCAGUGCCAUUCCGAUUCUGAAACAAAAGAGCUGAAUUUGGAUACUGAGGGCGGUAGAUAUGUUCAGCACGGGUAUCCCAUGAAAGGUCAAAUGUGCCUGAACCCGUCCAGUAACAGCGCUUUUUCGAGGACAACCAAUUUCUCUAACCAGGUAAACAAGAGCAAAGCACACCAAAUGCAACCCUCAGGAAAUCUAGGGGAGAAGAACAUUUCAGCAAUGAGAUGUGAAACUAAACCAUCCUCUGCCAGCAACGGGAAAGCAGCUUUCGGUCAGUUUCUCCUGAAGCCGGUCAGCCGUCGACCCUGGGAUGCAAUCGAGGAGCUCGAAAGCAUCAACAAAGAAUUUCAGGAUCAGAUUGGGACCCGCGCUGCUGGUAACCAAUUCAUAGGGGAUCCUGAGAUGGCUUACAAAGAGCCUGGAAAUCUACAAACUGGGAGCUGCGACACUGAAAUUGUAAAGACAGAAGUGUGGAAUCAGAAGCAUGUACAAUCAAUUCUAUCAGAGCCACUCCCCUACACAACCAGCAGAAUGAACUGCGUGUCCCAGUGCUCGACCGUUCCACCAGACCCUGAGUAUAAUAACAUGAGGGAUGUUUCCCGAACCUCACUGAAGACAGCGGGCGUCAGUAGACUUGCACAAAAAAAUAACCCAGUUCUACAAGAGCAUAAAUAUGGAGACAUUAGGGCAGUUUCCCAGACUUCACUUAAGAGUGUGGUCACCAGUAGAACAUCAAAACAAGAUACCCCUUUUCCAUCAGAGCCUUUAUAUGGAGACGUUGAAGCUGUUUCCCAAACCGCACUUAAGACUGUCAGUGGACUGUCAAAGCAAGAUAAAAUAGAGCCUGGUAGAAAGAUUAAGGACUUUUCUAUUCCCAAAGUAAACGGGCAGGAGAUUAGCUCAAAUAGUUUUGGCAUCGCCAUUGAAGACAGUAGCUUCCAAGAAAUAAGGAGCAUAAACUGCAAUAUCAAUACGCAACAAGAGGAAAGAAAGCGUGUCAAUGGUUUAACGGGGGUUACGUUUCUACCAGAUAAGGACACCACUAAUGAAAGCGAUGAUGAUGUGAGCUGUAAUUGGAUAACUUACAAGACAGACAAGACGCAGAGUGCAGCCCUAAGUGAACUGUUUGAAUUCAAAAGUGCAGAGGACAUCCCUGAAAACGAAUCCUUGGAAGUGAGGGCUGCUAGGAUAUUAGGGAUAGACGUCCCGGUUGAAUCUCUGAGUGUUGCAGACCAGCUCCUGGAAUUGGACAAACUGGAGCCUUUGACAGAGAGGCACGCGUUCACUAAAGGUGUAACAGAACGUACGAAUGGAAAGUCAGGGCAUGUGAGAGGAGAGCUUGAGGACAGCUGUGCAGGUGACGCGGCAGAAUCCGUGGAGCAUGUCAGACGUAAGGAGGAACGUGAAUUAACAAAAGCAAGAAAAGAAAUUAAUAUUGUCUGUCUGCAGAAGUGCCAUGUUGAAAACAAAGUUAAAAGAGACCCAGGAAAGGGUGAGAAUGUCUCUGGCAAGUUUCUAGUGCCUGGUGCUAUUGAGGAAAAGAUGAUUGCUGCCACUCCUGACUCGGAUAAGAAAAGCAGAAGCACAUCGAGAAUGAUUGAGGCCCUGCAGGGUAAGCUGGCUUCCUCUCCAAGCCGGAGCGUGUUGGAGCGCAUGGUCAGGAUGAAGGAGGUGGACUCGGUGUCCCGCAUGAGGCGCCUGAGCAUCAAGAGCUCGGACUCGGACGAAGCGGAACAUGAGAAAACACCUAAACAACGGCAGCAGGAAACGGGAAGUAUAUUUACCUUUACCACUCACCGCGAGUCACUGAAUAACCACUCGUCACAAGGGGCUGCUGUUACAAAAAGAAUUAUAACUCUGACCCAAAGAAAGGAGAGGCUUCGUGAAGAUGAAGGCGGCAUUUACCUUUCAGAUUCCUAUGACCCCAGCAGAGUUGAAAGAGUGUGAGACCCGAGUGACUGACAGACCUGAGCCUCAUCAUCAUCAUGGUCCUUUGAGAUCCAGCUACAGCACUGUGACCUGGCUGCCAACAAUAUUGCCUUCAUUCCACCUAACCCAACGCAGAUUGCCUUCUUCGACACAAGCAUUGUUUACACUGUGUUCUCCGGUUCUGUCAUGAGCGUGCUGUUCCACUGCCAUAA